CCACGAUAUAGCAUCACGUGACCUCGACAAAAGUCAAAGUCCAAAAUCAAAACAAAUCUCGGUCCUUGAAAGCAUCAAAUCAAAGAACACUCAGCAAAACAAGCAUCAUGUCAACUGAGCAGGCCACUGGGUUCGAUCGUGAUCAGUUCUUGAGUUGGUUCAAAGGCGCUGGCGGUUGGUACAACGAAACCGCUGUCGACCUCAUACCCUACCCUGGCAUGAACUAUGGUGCUACCGCCCUCGAAGAUAUCAAGGAAGAUGCUCCUCUGUUUCAUAUCCCAGACUCUCUCAUUCUCUCGCCCUACACAUCUACUCUCAAGGAGCACCUGUCGUCUGAAGAAUGGGAACAGCUCGGCCACGGAUGGUCGCAGUUGAUACUAGUAAUGAUGUGGGAGAGCAUACGAGGAGACGAGAGCCGAUGGUCUGGCUAUCUUGGUGAGAAAGCGCCUUGGACUCGUAGCAAUUAUAGCUGAUUGCAACGCAGGAAAUAUGCCGAGGCAAUUCGAGACGCCCAUGUUCUGGAGCGAAGAGGAGCGAAAGUAUCUGGCUGGGACAGAUAUCCAAGACAGAAUAGGUCGAGAGGACGCCGAACAAGAAUAUACCAACGUCCUCCUGCCCGUGAUCUCUGCCCACCCAGAACUCUUCCCCGUUGGAUCACCCCACACCUCCAUCGACGCUUUCCACCUCCAAGGAUCUCGUAUUCUCUCUCGCUCGUUCACUGUCCCUCUCAGUCGAUUCGACAACACACCCAAAGCUGCGGAGCAACCAGAGGAUAGCGACGAUGAGGAAGAGGAGGACCAAGGGGUGGUGGUGAUGAUGCCUUUUGCAGACAUGCUGAAUGCUGCAUAUGAAAAAGACAAUGCUCAUCUGUUCGUGGAUGAGGAAGCCUCGGAAGAGUUCAAGAGUGGGGUCAUGAUGAGAAGUACCAAAAAGAUCACAAAGUCUCAGCAGAUUUUUAACACUUACGAUGCCCCGCCCAAUUCCGAGCUCCUCAGGAAAUACGGGCAUGUAGAUGUCCUUCCUCUCCUCAAAGACAUCACCAAGCUCUUGAAAUCCUCAAAGGUUGGCGCCGAAUGGCCGUUCGGAAAUGCUGGCGAUGAGGUGCUUCUGUCUGGAGAGGCCAUCGUUGAGAGCGUGGCAGAGACGCUCGGUGAAAAGGCUGAUGACAAGUGGAGGGACGACAUUAAGACCAGGAUAGAUUGGUGGCUCGAGGAAGGCCAAGAAGAUGCGUUCCCUCUUGGAUACGACGAAGAGAUUGACGACGGGUUGAUCUCCUUUGCCCGCCUGCUCUCGAACGACGAAGAUUGGGAGAAGGCUCAGAAAAAGAGCAAGCCCCCCAAGCCGACUGUUGAUGGGGAUGUCGCUGCUAUCAUCAUCAAGGCUAUUGAGCAACGAGAGAGCACGUACGAAGGGGCCAUUGAGGUAUAUCAAGCCUUCUUCCUCGUGUCAUCAACUAAUGUUGUUUUGCAGGAUGACAUUGCUACGCUGAAAGCCUCCACCCAAUGGUCUGCCAUCAACUCUCCAGACGCACUCAAGUCUGACGAGACGCCCGUAAGCCAACAACGCAAAGAGAUGGCUGCUGUUGUCAAGCUGGGCGAGAGACGUAUCCUCAAGAUUGCUUCUCACGUCAUCAAGAAAGCUGUCAAGACGGAGGCCGCUGCGUCAAAGAAGAGGAAGGCAGGUUCUGUCAUGGUAGGAAAGGGCAAGAAGCUUUCAUAGGGCAGGACGAACUUCUGGGUAUUGUACAGCGUAUAUGCUACA